AUAUUCACACUUUAAGAAAUAAUUUGUUUUUUAUCACAUAGACCUAAUAUGACGUUUUUGAUUAGAUCAAUUAUUGUUGUUCUCACACACCAAUUUUGUCUUGCUUUUCUUUGAUGCCCUAUUCAUAAUCUAACCUACUACCAUUCCUGUCAUAUAGUGAGUAACAUCGUUGUUGAGAUGUUGAAAAUACACGUUUUUAUUAUUAGUUUCCUUUGAUUAAUUUCCUGUGACAUUCUAGCAGCAUAACGCCAACGCGAAAUCACGGAUAGAUCGCGGAGGCGCGCACCACUGCGCGGGCACAGCUGUCAGCACCAAGGACAGCCGCUCAGCCCCGAGCGUAGCAUCAGUAUAAUCACUUCACAGAAUAGCCCCGCGCGGAGCCCACGGAGGACCGGGAGAUAAUUAUACAGUGCGCAAAGGGAGCCGCAUACACCGCGAAAUAUGCUCUGACUCGUUUCUAUCGACAUUGGAAAAAAGACAAUGGGGAAAAUAGGCAAAGGAAGAUCAAACUGUUUGAAGAAAUGCUUCUAAAACAGCAGAGAUAAUCCAACAACCGUUGAGGUCCUGACCAUGCACAUUCCUCCGCAUUGCACAUAAAUCAACUGUCCAGAUUUUCCACACUGUCCGGUGGUUCCAGCCGUGGUAACCGGUUGAACCGUGCAGUCCAGAAGCCGGGCAAGCCGACCUGCCAACACGAGGAAGAGACGCAACCGGGGUCCACUGUGCGUUUUGGUCGUUUACACGAUGCGUCUGUUUCUGCUGGCGGUGGUCCUCUCGUGCUCCUGUGCGCGGGCUGGCUGCGAGCCGAAGAUAGUGAACAUCGGAGCCGUACUGAGCCAGAAGAGGUACGAGCAAGUCUUUAAGGAUGCGGUGACCCAGGCGAACCAGAUAUAUGGGAGAGAUAAAUUCAAGUUGACCGCCAUCUCCGUAACGCACAAACCCAACGCUAUCCAGAUGGCUCUCUCCGUCUGCGAGGACCUCAUCUCUAACCAGGUGUAUGCCAUCCUGGUGAGUCAUCCUCCCCAGUCCAACGACCACCUCACCCCCACGCCUGUGUCCUACACCGCAGGCUUCUACCGCAUCCCUGUUGUGGGCCUCACCACACGCAUGUCCAUCUACUCCGACAAGAGUAUCCACUUGUCCUUUCUGCGGACUGUCCCCCCGUACUCCCACCAGGCUCACGUGUGGUUUGACAUGAUGCGAGAGUUUCGAUGGAACCACAUCAUCCUGAUCGUCAGCGAUGACCACGAGGGGCGGGCCGCGCAGAAGAGACUGGAGACCCUACUGGAGGAGAGGGAAACAAAGAAUAAAAAAAGGAACUAUGAAAACCUCGACCAACUGUCCUAUGACAACAAGCGAGGACCUAAGGCAGAGAAAGUCCUCCAGUUCAGCCAGGAGACUAACUUAACUGCGCUGCUUCUGGAGGCCAAAGAGCUGGAGGCUCGCGUCAUCAUCCUCUCCGCCAGUGAAGAGGACGCUGCUGCAGUUUACAAGGCUGCCCGUUUCCUCAACAUGACGGGCUCGGGUUACGUGUGGCUGGUGGGAGAGCGGGAGAUGUCGGGUAAAGCCCUGAGCGAGGCGCCAGACGGUCUCAUUGGCCUCCAGCUCAUCAACGGCAAAAACGAGUCUGCCCACAUCAACGACGCAGUGGCCGUGGUGGCCCAGUCCAUCCAGGAGCUCUUUGAGAAGGAGAACAUUACAGAGCCGCCCAGAGGCUGCGUGGGAAACACCAACAUCUGGAAGACCGGGCCCCUCUUCAAAAGGGUUCUGAUGUCAUCAAAGUACCCAGAGGGCCUCACUGGACGUGUGGAGUUCAAUGACGAUGGCGACAGGAAGUACGCUCACUACAGCAUUCUCAACUACCAGAAGAGUCGACUCAUUCAAGUUGGGAUUUACAAUGGAACACAGGUGGUGAUGAAUAAUCAGAGGAAGAUCAUCUGGCCGGGAGGAGAGACAGAGAAACCGCGGGGCUUUCAGAUGUCCACAAGACUAAAGAUAGUGACCAUACACCAGGAGCCCUUUGUGUAUGUGAAACCCACUGAGCAGGAUGGAACCUGCAAGGAGGAAAAAACCUUAAAUGGAGUGGCAGAUAUUAAAAAGGUGAUCUGCACAGGACCAAAUGAGACCAUCCCAGGUAACACAACAGGACGUCCAAUUGUACCUCAAUGUUGUUAUGGAUUCUGUAUUGACCUACUUAUCAAGUUGGCUGGAACCAUGAACUUUACCUAUGAGGUGCACCUGGUGGCUGAUGGGAAAUUUGGAACACAAGAGCGGGUGAACAACAGCAACAAGAAAGAGUGGAAUGGCAUGAUGGGAGAGCUCCUGGGGGGUCUGGCAGAUAUGAUCGUUGCCCCGCUGACUAUAAACAACGAACGAGCCCAGUACAUCGAAUUCUCCAAACCUUUUAAGUACCAAGGCUUAACCAUCCUCGUUAAAAAGGAAAUCCCUCGCAGUACACUGGACUCGUUCAUGCAGCCGUUUCAGAGCACACUGUGGCUGUUGGUCGGUCUUUCGGUGCAUGUGGUGGCGGUGAUGCUUUACCUACUAGACCGGUUCAGCCCAUUUGGGAGGUUUAAAGUAAAUAGUGAAGAAGAAGAAGAAGAUGCCCUCACCUUGUCGUCAGCCAUGUGGUUCUCCUGGGGAGUGUUGCUUAACUCCGGUAUUGGAGAAGGCGCGCCGCGCAGCUUCUCAGCGAGAAUCUUGGGCAUGGUGUGGGCUGGCUUUGCCAUGAUCAUAGUGGCAUCGUAUACUGCCAACCUGGCUGCCUUCCUGGUGCUGGACCGGCCUGAGGAGCGCAUCACCGGCAUCAACGACCCGAGGCUGAGGAACCCAUCGGACAAGUUCAUCUACGCCACAGUGAAGCAGAGCUCUGUGGACAUCUACUUCCGGCGGCAGGUGGAGCUUAGCACCAUGUACCGCCACAUGGAGAAGCACAACUACGAGAGUGCCGCUGAGGCUAUCCAGGCCGUGCGCGACAACAAGCUGCAUGCUUUCAUCUGGGACUCUGCGGUGCUGGAGUUUGAAGCCUCGCAGAAGUGCGACCUGGUGACCACGGGAGAGCUGUUUUUCCGUUCGGGCUUUGGCAUAGGCAUGCGCAAGGACAGCCCCUGGAAACAGAAUGUGUCCCUGGCCAUUCUCAGUUCCCAUGAGAAUGGCUUCAUGGAAGAUCUAGAUAAAACCUGGGUGAGAUACCAGGAGUGUGACUCACGGAGCAAUGCCCCAGCCACACUCACCUUUGAGAACAUGGCAGGAGUGUUCAUGCUGGUGGCUGGAGGCAUAGCAGCAGGAAUCUUCCUCAUCUUUAUUGAGAUCGCCUACAAGCGACACAAAGACGCCCGCAGGAAGCAGAUGCAGCUGGCCUUUGCGGCCGUCAACGUCUGGAGGAAGAACCUGCAGGAUAGGAAAAGUGGUAGAGCAGAGCCCCCCGACCCCAAAAAGAAAGCCACUUUUAGGUCCAUCAGUACCUCCCUGGCCUCCAGCAUCAAGAGACGUAGGUCGUCCAAAGACAAGGUUAUAUUGACACAGUUUAUGAAUAAUUUCAGCACUACUGAACAAAGAUGGCUUCAUCCAUGCAAAUCACACACAGCAUAAUUCUCAAGAGGGCCUAGAACAUGCUUUAAACAAAUGACAGUUUUCUGCUCUUAUUCCUUAACUGGGGCAUCAUGCUUGGAGUAGUAGAAGCGAGCAAAUCGUUGAAGCUAAUACAGUAUGUUAUGAACAUCAAAUUAUCACCAUGUCUCUCAAGGCCAUGAUUACUUACAGAGGAAGUAUAAUACAUACAGUAUUUCACACUAUUCAGUACACACUAUUAUCACAACAACAGGGUUUGGUGACAGUUUAUGUGAACUUUUCCUUUCUCUGUGGGUAUUUCCAGCUAGGUGUCCAGCAUCAUUUUUACUGCUUGUGUGUUUGUAUGUUUAUAUUUUUGUUUGUCUUUAUACUUCUGUGCAAAUGCAAAGUAUUUGUACAUGCACGCCUUCCAACACAGGUACCUCCAGAGGAUGUGCACUUCUGAAUAACCUGUUUGAGUCCAUCGUAUCGUUCACUAUGUUGCUGCUCUGAACUGCUUACGCCUUAGUCUCUUCUCCAACAACUAACCAACAACUAAACAACUAACCAAUUCCAUUUGGAAUUUCAAUUCACUCGCUGAAUUGAUUCAAUUGAAUUGUAAUUUACCCCAACUCUCACCACCUUUGUUUGCUUGUAUCUACUGAAAAAGCACUGUGAACUGAAUCUGUCCUCAUCCCUAGUUUAAGAGAAGCUACAGUAUCUAGCCGUUAGUUUUCGCUGUUGUAGCAGGUCUUAUUCAGAAGUGCACUGCCUAAAAGUGGAGGAGAUAUUAGGAGUGAGAUCAACGAAAUACCAACGAGAACUAAUGCAUUCCAGUGGCUGUUGUUUCCUAUUGGAGACAGGAAGCCGCUGCACAUGCGUCCAGUGGGAUGCUUCCUCCGUUGGACCAGCAUGCUUUGCAUGACCGGGACAUUGCAAACGCAAUACUUCACCAGCGGUCAUUGUCGAUUGAUGUCACGUGAGACCUGGAUAUUCUACGCUGAAAAGUACAAGAAGAAAAAACAAUUUUGACGAGAAACUGAAAAAUACAAAAUAAUAGAAAAAAACGAUGCAUUGAGUUGCUUGCAAUGAGCUUAAUUUUUUCUAUCUAAAUGUUUCUAUGCCUUAUCUUUACCUCAUUGAUGGAGUUUUAACAUGAGGUGACUUUGACCAUUGACUAACAUCUAGAUGUCAUCUUCCAACAGGAAAUCCAUUUUAAUUUACUUUUUUCUCACUGGUGACCUGUCCAUCACUCCUCAGCCAAUCAACUCUACCCAUCUUCCACACCACCCAAUAGAACAUCACCUCUUAAUGCUGUGGCAUUAAGAGAAUGGGGAUGGUUUGGGUGGUGAUGGGUGGCUCAAACAGAGGCUCAGUCAUGUGAUCUAAUGACAGGGGAUGUUCUGUGGCUCCAGUGCUGGCCUGAGUUGACUGUCAUGCUUUAUGUUUUGUGUCUCCUCCUCUAUCCCUUCCCUUACCAUCCCUGGCAAGCUCUUCUUAUCCUUCCGUGCCCCUUGCUGCAUGUUCUCAGCUGAAAUUCACACCACACAUUUAUCUAGGUCUAGGACCUCCCUAACUCCUACUCUCUACAUCUCUUACCGUUUAUAUUCUAGGCCUAGGACCUCCUUAACUCCUACUCACUACAUCUCUUACCAUUUCACCUAGCUAACCAUCCCCAUCCAGACCUCACAACAACUUGGCCAAAACCUCUCAUGCCACCUACCACCAAAACCUUCCCACACCCCCUACCUAACUACCUCGUAUUUCUCCAUUCAACCCCCAAUCCCUGCUCUAACUCCAUUUAGUAGUAUACUGUAUAUAGUAUAUAUAUUAUUCCAUAUACUAUCACCCCAACACCAUCUAUUUCACUCCCUAGCGUGUGAGGUGAAUUUCCAUUAUACCCAGCCACAGGUAUAAUGACUCAAGGGGCUUAAAUGAUAUAAUAUUAUCUGUUGUUGUUUAUCUUAUGUUGGUAUGCAUUUUAGUGGCUCCCCUGCUUUGUAGAGCACCUUUUUAUGACUGCUUGGCUUGCGAUGUGGUUGUUUCCUUUGCUAGCUUUUCUACUGGCUCGUUUGGUUCCCUUGGCUUUGCUUCUGGAUCUUAAAGUAAUAACUAUCUAAUUGCAAGAAGAUGGAUGUUUAUUUAUUUUUCUUUUCUCCCCCCCCC